GUUUAUUAUAGCAUGCAGCACAAGUUGCUAUGCUGAUGUCUAUCACCGUUUGUCUAUCACUUUGAGAUAUAAGUAAUAAUAAGUAUGUUCUGUCUGUGAUUUAAGUGUCUCUCUGUGUUCACAGUCUCUGUUUCUGCUAUUAUGGCAACUUUUUGUUUUAGAAAAAUGGCGUUCGUUACAGCUGUGGGUUGCGCAAUUUUCAUGUAAAUGUGUACGAAAAUUAGUAAUAAGUUAAUAAUACUGUAAAAAAUAUAUAUAUCGAGUGCGGGCUUCAUAUUACAGUUUCAAUAAUAAAGUGUAUUUUGCAAAGUUCGUGAUAAAAUUUGGUAUUAUCGGAUACCUGUCACGUACCGUGUAUUUUUUGUGUUGUGGUGAUGUAUUAAAAUGGUAAAUAAUAAAGAUAAAAAUAAUGCGGCUGUGCAAAUAACAUGACAAUAAUGAAUAAAUUAUGGGUGGUGUUAUUAGUGGCCUUGACUGGCGCACAAUUUGGAUACGGGCUGCCCGUACGACCGACGCCGCAAGCCUACCCUCGGGAUGCAAGCCAAGUGUUAGAGGGAUGGGAUACAGUCAGUGGGGUUUACGCAGCGCUGCCGGCGCUGGCGCUGGUCCUCACUGCUGUUGGUUUUUUGCUGGGCUGCACAUGGUGUUACAGACAUAAAGAUUGCAAGCAGCCUAACUCAGGAGCGGACAAUCAGCUAUUCACCGCGAGCGCGACACACCUGCACGACAAUCGACGUACGAACCCUCCCGAUUCCGGAUUCUCCGAGCCAGCGAACAACAACAUAAGCGAAGACAACAACAAUGGCCCUAUAUCGCUUCGUGAAAUGCAGAACAUUGCCAACAACAAUGCCGCCGCUUAUAUCGUGAGCGAGAACGAGGAGAGAAACAGGAUCAGCCGCGAGUCCGUGGUGGAGUUCGAGCCGCUCCCCACAGAGCUGAGGGUCGCCGAUCCCCUGGAGCGAUGCGCGGACUGGUUCAGCGGGGAGGAUUUCCCGAGGAAUCAAUUGCAGUACCUUCGGGAGAUAGGACGUGGAUGGUUCGGCAGAGUGGUGGAAGGUGAGGUCGACGAUGCUGGCCCAACGAAAGCGGUGGCCGUGAAGAUACUCAACCCGAAUGCUAAUCUAGAAGACAAGGCCAGGUUCUUAGACGAAGCCAAGUUGUACCGGGAUUCGCGACACGAUACCAUUCUCGGCUACGUCGCGAGAUGUCUGCAGGAAGACCCAUGGAUUGUCAUAUUCGAAUUGUGCAGUACAGAUCUCCAUCAAUACCUAACAGUGAACAAACCGAAGAUGGCGAUACUGAACGAGAGCGGGGUUCCGUUGCGGUUGAUGUGUGACGUCACUUCCGGACUCUCCUAUCUCAAUUCCAGGGGACAUUUGUACGGGAAUCUAUGGAGCGGUAACGUGCUAGUACGCGGCGAGGCGGACAACGCGCGGGCCGUGCUGGGACGGUACACGAAUGCCGAAUCUCCGUACGAACACGACGCUCCCGAGACGAGGAGACACCCGCCUCUGUACACGGCCAGCAGUGAAGUAUGGUUCCUAGGAAAUCUGAUAUGGGAGGUCUGCGCCUGGGGAGCAACACCCGUCGCUCUACCGCCGCCGCUACCCGACCUCCCCUGCCCGUACAGAAAUCAUCUAUAUCAAGUGAUGCAGCUGUGCUGGAACACCAAUCCGGAUGCUCGUCCUACUUCCGCCCAGGUUCACGGUCUCAUCGAUCACUUGUACACAAGUCACACGGAGACCACAGAGCUGUCGCAAGACGGGAGCUUCGGGACCAGCGACUUCGAGGAACGUUGGCAACGACUCAAACCCAACACGAUACCGAAGAUAGACGAGCACGUCGCCAUCGUGCACGCCCCCUCCACCUCCGUCGCCUCGCACUUCACCGGCUCCGACCGCGAGCUCGACGACGCGCACACCGCACACGACACGCUCAGCAUCGACAUGGACACCGCCGUCUCCAGAUCCAGCAGUAUCAUGUCGGACAAGGAUCCCCUGUCCGUACAGAUCAAGUCCGAGAGUCUCACCAACCUCCACGGAUCGCUGGAAGACGUCAGGAACAUCUACCUCACGCACAACGAGAUGGCCGCCCUCGAAUGCCAUCAAGGAAAUAUGCAACUCGACGAAGGGAGAGAAAAAGAAAACGAUAAAUCCGAUAGUUCAGUUGAUCCCUGGGUGAAGGACAUCAUGGCGGGGAGCCAGGACGACGUCAGCUACUUUAAAGACGUCAGCGACGUCAUUAAGAAUCUCGAUAAUAUGCUGAAUUCUGAAAAAACUUCAAGCUCUGAAUCUAGUCAUCAGGCUAGUCCUUCAAGGGACAAUUUGAGUUUGGACUGUAAAAAAGAGUAUCCGGUACAGUCUAGUUUAGUCAAAUCACCCGGUAUCAAUAAUUUCCAGAACAUUCUAGACGCUGGUUUCGAUACUAAUCAAGACGAGACAGAAGACGAAGAUGUCGACCGUGAUACAAUCGGGACGUUGAGUCACUCAUUCGAAAGGCACAGCGACACGAUCAGUCAACAAACGUUAGAAAAUCUCACUCCAGAAACACCUAUAAAAGAUUUAGUUGGUACUGGAAUUUCUGGACUAAAUGUUCCUCUUGAUCUUGAUGAAGUAGCGCACGACGAGGUAGAUGUGCGAAAUGUAUUGCCAAAUGAUAAAGUAGCUAAUAGUGAUAGUGAGAUACCUAAAUUGAAGGAAUUGUGCGCGUCCUCUAUAUCUAGUGUAAGUGAAAAUAUACAGCAUGUUAGAAGUGAAGACUGCCAGUUUAAGUGUGAUAGUAAUGUAAACAAAGAAAUUGAUGUUAAGGAAGGAACUAAGUCAUUAGAUGAUAACCUACUAUCUAGUGAGGAGGCUGGAGAGUUUAUUGAAGAGAAAAAUGAUAUUAUAUUAGACAGUGUAGAUAAAAAUGUCUUGCCUAAUUUACAUACAAAUAAUAAACAUGAACUUAUAUGUGAAAAUUCAGGGCUUGAAAGAGAAGACUCAAAAAAUGAAUCAAGCAGUAGUUAUAAUAAACAAAACGUAGAAUUUAGUGAUCUCAUUGAAAACGUAAUUGAUAGUUUAGUAGAGUCACAUGUUGUUAAAAGUGAUCCUAACAAAAUAGAUAUAGUUAAUAAUGUAGUAAAAUUUAACGAUUUAGAAGAAAUAAAACUUUGUGAAAGUUCACUUGAAGCGCAAAGUGAAGGAGAAAAUGUGUGCAACAAAACAUCCGAUACUAUACACUUUACAGUCGAUAGUGAAAGUGUAAAAAAAGAAUUUAACGCUCUUGAUACGCACGAGGAUACGGAAACAUCAAAUAUUUCAUUUCUAAAAUUUGGUGAAAAACCAAUUUCAACAGAAGAUCUACCCAAAAUAAAAAUGAAUCUUCCGAAAAUUAAAGUAAAUAAAAUAGAAUGCAUAGAAAAUAAUAUAGAAGAAGUACCUAUCGAUUUGAAUAACAUUGAACAAUUUCCAACUUCUGAAACAUCAAGUCAAGUUAUUCUGCUCUUAGAGUCGAAUAAACAAAAUCACGAAAAGAGUACCGAUACAUCAAAUGAACAAAUUCAUAUAGUUGAGGACAUAAAUAACGAUGGAAAUGUUCAUAGUGAAGAAAUAUACAGUAACACGUUACAAAAUAAUGUACAAGCAACAUUAGAUUUUAUUGAGGCUGAAUCUAUCAAGGAAAUUGAUUUGAAAUCAUCUGAAAGGAGUACAGCAAAAGAAACAUGCUCCACGAAUGAAUCAGGUUUAAAUGAUUUAGAAAUAACACAAUCUUUACCCACAGCUACGAACGACCGAGUACAAAAUAUCGAAAAUGAUUAUGAAAUGAAUAAUAAGACUGAAACGAAAGAUCUUACUUUAGAAAAUACACUGAAUUGUUUAGAUGCAGAACGUACACAAGAACAUAAAAUAUCAUCAGAAAAUACAAUAUACUCUUUUGAAAAGAUAGAUUUAGAAAAUGUAGAAGUGACAAAACUACCUAUGGACAUUGAAAGUUCGUGUGACAGUAAUGUUUGCAUUGAAGGGGUUCCUAAGGAAAUUGAUCAUGCUACAGCACUCUACUCAACUGUUCUCUCUCCCGAACAGCCACCUAGUACAGUACAAAAUAAUGUAAAUAUAGAAUCUGAUAAGGCAAACACAUUUAGUGAAAAUCCCAUUAUUCAUUCAGACAUUAAAUCUGAAAUUUUUAAUAAUAGUCAAUCGUCUUUUUUGCCACCUGAAGAAGUACAAAAUAGUGAUAAGAUUUUUAAAUGCGAAAUAGAUGGAAAUACAACAAAAAACGAUACGACAGACACGUCUAGAUCUGAUUAUGUGAUAUAUGAUUUGAAAGAACAGUCAAAUGACAGCACUGUCUAUUUGGAUCUCGUUGAAAACUCUGGUGAGUUGAAACAAGCUACUAAACUGAACAGAGACGUUGGAGCAAUGCCUUUGUGCUUAGAUUCGUCAGGCUUACAAGAUAUUUCUCUCUUGAAAAAUGAAUCUACAGUUUAUCUGGAUCUACCUACCGUCAAAGUAGCUAAGGAAAUUGAUAAUUUCCUCCACAUGGAGAGACUAAACGCUGAGAGCUGUUUUAAAACAGGUUUGGUCUCAAGUACACCUUUAGGAAGCGAUAAUUCUGUAGACUUUGCCGAAAACACGAUCAAUAAAGAUGAAGAAAUAAAAAAUAUUUUAUCAGAAACAAAAGUUCCUGAUUACGGUCCUGGUGUGACACUGACUAAGUUGGAACAAACGUUUGUUCCGGAAAGCCUAAGUCCUUUCGAGUCGCCCACGAAAAGUCACCCCACUGACACUUUCGACGAAAACAGUUCAGUAGUGUUGGGGCCCUUUGAAAACUGUUCUCUGGAAAUAUACAAAGGCGUCAAAUCAGAGUUGGUAGAUCUGCCAAAAGAGGAAUUGUUGGCGUUUUCGUCCAACUUCAGCGAAAUGAAUCUUGAAACUCCAUCGCCGUUACGCGACGUUAAUUUCCUGAACGAAGUGCCGGAUAUAUGUCAGGACGAGUUCUACGAUAUCACGUCCAGCGAGUCGAAAUCGAAAGUUGAACCUGAUGUUAAUGAAAACGAACCGAAAAUUAGUAUUUCGGACCCGCAGACCGAAACGAACACCGAAGAUAGCGGGCAUUCUGUGACCGAAAAGCAUGUCUCGCCAUCUACGCCUCCCAAUUCACCCGGAGUGUUCCUUGCCUCGACAUCUCAUCACAAGUAUUUAGUUAAUAUCGACUUGGACGUGUCUAAAGAGGUUCCACAAUCGACAGAGCAAGUCGACGCCGUUCAGAACGAAAUCGACUUAAAUCAAAUAGAAUUACAGAUAACUUCGAAGUUGGCUAUGGCCGAAAACGAGAAUAAUAUGAACAUUGAAUAUUCUGGGCCUUUGACGGUUGAAGGUCUUGAAGACGAUGUACUCGAGGAAUCAAUUUUAGCUGGAAACGGAGGAUCUGUAGAGGAUCUGCGAGAGGACCUAACGUUGGACGAAGAGUGUGUGAAGGCCCUUAGGAAUGAACUCGAAUUGAAACUGCCUCUAGCUCAGGUGGCGGCCAUAGAGCCGCAGUGCGAGGCGGAGCGCGGCGAGUGGACGGCGCAGCUGCCGGCGCCGCCCGAGCUCGUGCUGUCCUACCCGGGCGCGCUCAGCCCCAUCGCCGAGGAGACCGGCCAGCAGCUCUGCGCCUACGAGAACGACGCCAACUGGAACGCUUCUCUUCUAACGGAAUCGUCGGAAAGCUACCCGGAGCCCUGCAACAACUGGACCGAGCAGAGCACGCAGCCGCCCUCACCCGCACCCUCUCCUGCGCCCUCCCCCGCCUCCUCCCCCGCCACGUACUCGCUGCACACUCACAACCACACCUACACACUGCACAAAGACGUGCCCACCGCCGAGGUCACGAUGAGCGCCGAUAGCCUAAACGCUAGUCCGUGUAAAGGAACGAAACCAGACAUGCACUCUCCCGUCGACGACAGGACGUACACUAAGAACGACGAGAAGGAAUCGAGCUGCGAGCGGAUCUCGCAAGUGUCGCCCUUCCUCGUGAGCCCGACCACCGACACCUCCGACAACCUCGACAACCCGACCGGCGUCUCCACCCUGUCCAAGACCACGCUGCCCACCGACGCCAAGCUGUCCAAGCAGCCCUCCGAGUGCCUCUCCAAAGCGACGAGCAUCGACUCGUGGUGCUCCAACGACACGCUUUACAACGUCGAAGAGAAUUUCGACGACCUCGCGAUGGACCCCGAGCCGACCAAGGGAGACGGCAACAGCGAGAGCACCGACACGCUCACCCACGACGAGGACGACCGCGAGCUCAGUCACUGCUCCACCUACAUCAUCCACGACAGCAAGUCCGAAGCCUGCGAGACGUUCUCGCCGGACUCCAUAGCGGCCUACGACCAGUACACGUACACGAAGGUGAGGUCUGCCGCGACCGGCGCCUCGUCCUCGCAGCUAAACGACUCCACGAAGAACAGCCCCACCAAAGACCUGGCGUACGGCACCCUCAUGUCGGGCAUGCCGUCCUACUCCAACUGCACCACUGAAGUGGCAUCCAUGGACGAUCCGUGGAAGUUUCAGCAACCGGAGCUGGUGAGGAGGUCUCCUCUCGGGGAAGACCCCGAUCUCACCCCGCCAAAGUUAUCGGAGGAUAAGGAAAUCGAAAACACCAGUCCUCGUAUCAUUUCAGAACCGUGCAUUAAAAAAAUGGAAAGUGUUGAAAUAAGUUGCCUCGAAGACAAUUUCUCUGAGAGUAAAAACAAAUCAAGCAGCCCUGAGAACGAAGCCCUGCUGAUAGACAUAGGUGACAGCCCUAAUGUCAAUUACAGGAACAACAUGGCGCCCUCUAUCACCAGCACUCCGCUCACAGAAAUCGUGGGCGACGAGGAUGAUGUGCAAGCCAUACCGAUGAUAUUUCCGGAUGAUAAAACGGUCAACUCCGAGUACGUUAUGUCUGUACCGACUUUUCAAAAUUUUCAACAAUCCGCCGAGAUCAGACCGCAGGAUUUGUCUUCCAACACCGAUCGAGGCAACCAGGACACGGAGAUACUCCUUGAAGGCGACAGCAAAACCCUGAGCAGGUACAGCAACCGGGACAGCUUGGUUGUGUCCGAGCGAACGCCGACGUAUUCCGACUUCGAGAAUUCGGCGACAACAAAACCUCAAGAAGUGAAUUCUCGAGAUAAAUCUAGUCAAAGCAUGGAGAGCGGAGUUAGUUCUGAGGAAUUUCGUCAAUUCGAAAACUCUGUAAAGCACCGUCCACAGGAUCUGUCGUCGCUGAUAGACGCCAGCUCGCUGCUCUUGAGGAGCGAGAGGCUGCUGGCGAGCGAGCUGGUGGUCGCCCCCCACUCGCCCCAACCAACAGACGAGCCCACGGCCCCCACGACUGGUCCUCUUAAACUAACGAAUUUAACAGAAUCUCACAUAUUAGUCGACGUAAGAGAACCGACCAGUACCUACUUGAUAAAUUUUGAUUUGGAAGACGAAACGGAACAGCCUCAUUCGAUAAUAGUAACGGAGGCCCCUUUAGAUCUGUUCAAAGAAAAUUCGAACGUUACCUUUGAUUCGCACACAGAGAAACUCAUAGAUCUGAACCACACUUAUGAUUCUCACACAAAUCGACCUGAACUUAGGAAUAGCAUUGAGGAGGCUCACUCGGAGUCGAACGGGCACUCACAGCCUGAAGGUCCCCACAGUAUUAUUGAUUACGAAACAAUGCAAAAAGGCAGCCCGAGUCAAAUCGAAACGUCUGAUGCGAUAUCGAAUAUAAAGAGUACACCAAACGGCUCCAUCAGCGUUGACGGUGUAAACGGAAAAAACGAAAACUACGCUACUGUGCAUUUUUUAAACGAAACCUUCGAGGAACUGAUCGAGAGUAACGUGGACGACAACGACAGAGACGCGAGAACAGACGAAGAGACAAGUAAAAAUGACGGAGUAAGCGGAGACACGAAGUUAAUAGAGGAGUCUUCGAGUGAGUUGAGAUCCGUCGGAUCGUCAGAACCUUCGCAGAAUGAAGGCAGCGCCAGAGCUAAUGGAGCUCUCGAAUUGCAAAACGUCAAAGCAACGACUGACACCGAGAAUUUUUUACAGCAAGAAAAGAAAUUUUGUCAGCUCGACUCUUAUUUCCCUAUAUUGAGCGACAUUAGAUUCACAGGUCCUGCGUCCGAAAUAAUGAGCACGUCCUUCACGCAAGACUCGCCCACCGAGCCCACCUCCCCCGAGUGCGAGGAGGACAACAAACCUGACGCGGCCGCCGACAUUGUGAAAGAGUGGGACAGCGAUACUGAAUCAGAAACGAGUAACUCGUCCAGCGGGGAAUUCAUUUGGAAGGGCGGCGGCGGGGGCGGGGCCGCGCUCGCACCGGACGCCCGCUACGGACACCAACGAGACAACGCGCCAUCUGGUGGAGCGGAGAGUGCAGAGCAGGGGUCGGAGGGCGGAGCGGGGUCCGAAGAGUCGGGGGGGUCGGGGGACUCGGGGUCUGAGGGGGACGAGGUCGAGUUCGUUCCCUCCUCCUGGGACUGUCGCGCCGCACCGUCUAAGUCCUCGCUGAGGAGCCUGGAACAAGCUCAACCAGACGGCAAGAAGCGCGUGGUGUUCAAGCGGCAGAAGUACCACUGCGUGUACGAGUACCCGCGCGAGGUCGCCGACCUGGACGCGCCCGACUACUCCACAUACGCAGAGUGGGACGCUCGCAGCGCGGAGGAGGCGGCGCUGGGCUACGGGCAGCUGUUCGCGCCGAGCCCGCUCGACCUGCACUCGGGACUCUCCUUCGGCGCCGAUUACGACGAAGAUUUUUUCAUUUCGUCGUCGGCGCGACCGUUCGAGAGUCUCGGGAUAAUGUCGACCACGAGCCAGUUCUUCCCCGGCAUGCACGUGAAGGCGUCGCCGCUGCCGGAGCCCUCGCCGCCCGACGAGGCCGAGGAGCCGCCCGACGAGUCCACCGGGCGCACCGCGCUGCCGCACACGCGCGCGCCCAGCCUCGACCUCACCACGCCCGACUCCGGCGUCGAGGACGUGACCCCCGGCUCCGCGCCCCCAGACGACGACUUCGACAAGAAGCCCGCCUCGCCCGAGCCCGCCUGGCGCCUCACCGACAGCGAGCCCACCUCCCCCGCCUCGCCGCCGGAGCUGGGCGGCCUGCGGCACACGCGCGACAAGCUCAAGCUGGACCUCCCGCCGAGCCCCCACGCCGCCUCCCCGAGAGGACUCCGAGUGUUCAACUUCGUACUCGACAAGCCGCGCCGCUCGCCCGCCCUUCAACCCACCUUCUCGACUUUCGGGAAAUGCACUCUGGAGCCAGAACCGGAACAGAAGCUCAUCCUCACGGACGACGUGGAGCAGGAGGAGGUGAAGCAGGAGAGCCCCAAGGCGUCCAUAGAGGGUGUCAAGGGCGAGGGCACCGUGCUGGACAGCGGCGACGAGGACUCCGGCAUAGAGAGCAGCUCGAAGGCGACGCUUGAGAGACAGAACAAAACUCCGAAUGUUUCAUAAUUCUCAGUGCAGCGGCCUCACAAGCGAACUGGACAAACUGUAAUGUUAGUGUCUAUGAAUAUAAUGAGAGUUAAAUUUUAUGUGAAAGCGAUUUGUCGAUGGAUGAACCCGACCUGCGGGAGCAGUCCAGGGGCGCCAUUUAAUGUAACUCAUAGAAUUGAUUAAUUUAAAUCUGGAAAAAUAUAAUAUACAUAUCGCAAAAUAUUAUCGUACAACAAAAUCUUGCGAAAUUUGCCAUAAUUUAUAAGGAUAUGAGUGUCCCGUAAGCUUUUCGCAAAAACAGUUU